GGUGCUGGAGGUAUUUGAUCUGGGUGAGUAAGGCUUGUACUGGAGGGCUGUGGUCACUGCAAGGUGGGGGACGGAGCGUGCCGAUUGCCCCCGAGAUGGACUACGCCAAGAAGUCCCUGGGCCUGCUGUCCCCCAGCUCUAUCUCCAAGUGCGUCUCCGCCAGUGCCUCCAUGACCCAGCAGCUCUUGUCCAGCCCGGCCCCCCGGGCUCGGCCCUUCCGCGUCUGCAACUGGGACCGCAGCCUCCGCAAGGGCAUCAUGGCCGAGAGCCUGGCCGACCUGCUUGGCAAGAUCCAGAGCACCCUGCUGCUGGUGGGCGCCGUCGCAGUGGUGCUGGAUGAGGAUGGCACGACGGUAGAGAUGGAGGAGUUUUUCCAGACCCUGGAGGAUGGCACUGUGCUCAUGGCCCUAGGCAAGGGGCAGACCUGGGCCCCAGCCAAGACCCCUGGCUACCAGUUGCUCCUGUCCCGUAAGCCCCGGCGGCGCAUCGACGUGGCCUGUGUCACCUUCGACCUCUACAAGACCAGCCCCCAGGACCUGGGCUGCCUCAAUGUCAAGGCCACGCUGUAUGGCACAUACAGCAUGUCCUAUGACCUGCACUGCUACGGGGCCAAGCGCUUGAUGAAGGAAGCCCUGCGCUGGACUCUCUUCACCAUGCAAGCCACGGGCCACGUGCUCCUCGGCAGCUCCUGCUAUGUGCAGCAGCUUCUGGAUGCCACAGAGGAGCAGAAAGAGAAAGAGGAGAGAGAAGGGGGCUUCCUCCAGCGGCAGCUUCUACCCCUCCCUACCAGGAAGAUGCUGCAGUGAGGAGGAUCCUGCUCCAAUGAUAUCCUGGACUCCUGUGAUAGUCGCAUCCUUCCCGUUGCUGCUUCUGCUGGGUGCAGGAGGCAGAGAGUGGGAGAUCUGGGUCCUGCCCUGGCUCUUGGUGGGUAGGCAGGGUUGACUGGGGUCUGGGGGUGGGUGACAGACUACAAUGCAUGCUAUAAGCCCAGAACACCUCCUUGUAUACCCUGCAGCUGUUGGUGGCUGUUCACUGACCUGGAAUGGGGCAGUGAGCUGGCCUCAUCCCAUGGAGCUUGGUCACUGGUGUCUCAUGCUGUGUGUAAAUAUAUUUAUUUUGUAACUUAAUUAAAGCUUGUCUCUGUAA